UUGGUUGUGUUCUGGUUGUGGAUGUCGAUGGCGCUACCAGAGGAUAACUUGUACUUCAACGUCCUGAUACAACAAACAACCACCGCCGCCUCCGAAAGCGAUGCCGACAUCAUCAUGGAGGCCACCACUCUCCAGCAGGCGGGUGUAAUGGAGACUCUGGCUGGAAUUGGGGGCGUCCCACUCAAGUACAAACGCGUCGCUCGAGCAAUGAUUAAAGCCCUUAAAGAGGAGGAUGAAGAAGAAGAAGAUAUCCCAGACGACGAGUCCGGCAACGAAGAGAUCACAUCCGAGGACGAUGAAAAGCCAGAAGAUGACUCCGAUGAGGAGAUGGUUCUGGUGCGCGAGCACGAGCGCAGUCUGCCCCAGGCGGCCUUGAGAGCAUCCAAGGACCACUACGACGCCUGGCAUGCUGCCAUCAACGCUCCUAUCGCACAGGACAACCCCUUCACUCGUCUCAGCCAACAGAUCAUCGUUUGCCUGAGAACAGAGGCUGCUCAGGGCAUUGCAGAAGUGUUCAAUCUGAUCGAGCACGCUGGUGUGGCUCGCCGAUUCACCAACGCACUCAGAGUGCUCCAGGACACGGAGAGCCAGGCUCACCAACAGUACAUAACCUGGUACUGUCAGCGUGGACGCUCGAGUGGCCCUCGUGGCUCCUACGACUCGUUGAUAAAUUUCAUCCUCACAAAGGCCUUGAACGCGGUGUUCUCCCACCAAGUGGGAACAGUCAAGACCGACAAUCUUAGACUGGUCACCAGCAUGGUUCUCCGUGCAGAGGUUCUCCGCGCCCUGGAGAACGCAUUCGGUGCCGGCCAAGCCUGGACAGAUGACAUCGAGGAGAUUCUGAUUGCCUUGGCCGACAGAUGCCCUAUGCUCCGCCGCGUUUAUCAGGUUGCAGAGACAAACGUCUGGUCAAGAAUCGUCCAGAACAGACGCCUCUCUGAGACCAGACUCAACGUCGAGGUGUUGUUGACAGACCGCGAAUGUUCCCACCAGGACCUUUUGACUUUGUUGUCGCUGGAAGGCGAGGAUGUGCAGGAGGUGGAGAUGUCA